AUGAUUUUUGGCGCGGCAGAGAUUCUGAUGAAGGUGGUGAAGGCCCAGAUCCACUUGUGGUUUGCUCCAAGAUUUCAAGUGCAUCGUGUCACAGGCCUCAUCUUCCUUCUCCAGUUCUUUGCCGCUUUCUAUUUAUACAUCUUUAACUAUGAGCACUACCUGAAAACUCCGCUAGUGUGGACCUUGGGGAUGACUGGCUUUUUGCAGAGCGUCACAGCGUCCUGUACCUUUACCUUCAUGCCCAACAUUGCGGAUCCAGGCUUCAUUGCCAUGUCAGACAAGGCUCCACUCAGUUACAAGUUCAUCGUGGAGAACAGUUUCUUUAGCAUGUUGCUGGCUUUCCAGUACUGCUACAUGGACAACAAGAUCUUCGAGAUGAUCAGGGCUGUUCCGCCGAUCGAGAUUUUGUUUGUGUUCCUGCCUUACUACAUUCGCCCGUUGUGGCCCACGACGCGAAUCCGCACGGCGCUGGAAAAUGCGAAAAACAAGUCGGAGAAGAACCGAUUCUUCUAUCACGCCUCCACAUACAUUGUGAAAGUGUUCUAUUCCUUUGCGAAGCACUACAUCGGCUUCUUUUUGAACUACAUCCGCUUUCUCGGGCGCAUCACCCCUGAAGACCAGAAGACCAUUCACGGGAUUUUGAUUACCUCAUCAUACAUGACGACCAUUGCGCUCUUUCUGCAUACCUUGAAAUUCAAGGGUUGGCUUGGUCCCCGAACAGCAACAGUGGCCUAUGAAGGGGCUUACUUGAUCACUGCCUGGUUUUACUGGCAAUUCCUCGGCACCAUUGCGGCUAAUUUGGACCUGGCUCUCCUGUGCUUUAUUGGCAUGGUCUUGAACUUCGCUCCCAAGGGUAUAUGGCAUGCUUAUCAGGCCUUUGUGUUGGCUUACUUAUGGCAUGCACGUGCAAGCGCGACCUCCAUGCCAGUAUCUACACUUCCACCGCUCCUCUCCUUGCCUGCCAUGAUCAUGGGGCAAGCAUGA